AUGUGGAAGCUUGUAUCUUGUCUCGCGUUGGGCUCUUUGCCCUUCGCAUCUACUUCACCAAUGCCUUCCCCUGCCGGGGCACCUACUGCAAGUCAUCCAACCUCUCUGACCCAUACUCCGUACUCUGGGAAACCAACCACCACUGGUGCUCUUACUGCUUCUUCCGUUGGCAUGGGUAUUGUCGAGUCUGCUAGUGUAGCUCCGGAGGAGACCACGUACUCUAGCAAUGGCAAGCUCAAUGAUGCAGAGCCUGCUCCGUACACUCCAGCUGGUGGUGUUGGAACCGAUGGCUCAAUACCCGUCUACAAUGUCAAGAGCGAUUUUGAUUAUGAAUCUCUGGCUCUUGCACUAUACCAAGAAUGGAUCGAGCUCGACCUAUUCCAGGACGGUCUCCGCAGAUUCUCCGCAAAGGACUUCGAAGAAGCCGGUCUUAACGCCGCCGACCGCCAGCUGAUCGAGUUCAUGGCCGAGCAGGAAGUUGGUCAUGCCACCCUCAUAAGCAACCUGCUCGGCGCCGAAGCACCCCGCCAGUGCCAGUACAACUACCCCUACACCACCGUACAAGAGUACCUAGACUUUUGCCAGAAGCUCACGCGCUUUGGCGAGUCUGGCGUGUACGGAUUCCUGGCUCACCUCGAUUCUCGCGAGGCCGCUACUCUGUUGACUCAGUCAAUCACCACCGAAGCUCGUCAGCAGAUGAUCUUCCGCCAAUUCGAAGGCCUCUUCCCUAUGCCUGUAUGGUUCGAGACAGGUGUGCCGCAGUCAUGGGCUUGGUCCCUCCUAGCACCGUACAUCGCCUCGUGCCCAGCUGACCAGACCCGUCUGGUCUGGGAGAACUUCCCCGGUCUCUGGAUUCUGAACCAGCCAGCCGUCGGAAUGGAAAACAACAGCAGCUACCGUAAUACAUUGGAUGCAGGGAUGAACGUGGCACGAGCCUCCAACAAACAAAAUCCAAACUCAAAGAAUGGUGUCUCAGGUGCAAGUGUAACUCCAAAGGACUACUCGCCGCUAAGCUUCCCCGGUCGCCGCGUUGACCUGCAGUGGGAAAUGCCCGGCAAGACCGUUGGUCCGAACAAUAGCUAUGUGACAUCUUCGUCGGCCGGCGAUGCCAAGUAUGUUGCUUGGGUAUCACAGCUGAACGUCACCUACACGCCUUUGCUUGGUGGGAAUGGCUCCUAUGGCCAUACCUUCCAGCCUGACCUUGAAACCUAUGAGGGUGACCCGGUUAUCAAUGGAACUAUGUUCAUUGCGGUCACUGACUCAGAUCCGUUCCUGACACCAUUCAACUUGAGCAUGAUUAACUUGCAUGUUGUCUCUGGUCCUGCUCUGUAUCAGUCUGGUUAA